UUACUGAAUGGUUUAAAAUUAAAUAACUUGUUUACAAAGGGAUAAACUUGUUUAAAACUUGGUUUUGCUAUCGACACAAGCAUAGACAUAGURUUUUAAAGUUGACUGAAAGUUUCGUUUUAACCAAAUUAUGAAACAGUAACCGAACUUCAAGGGCUGUUUGAACUUGCAUGUAGUACUUUAUAACUGUCAAGAACUGUGCUUUAUAACUGCACACAGCACGCGCGCGUUUUCUAUGGCUUYAUUAGUGUACUGUAAUCGGGAGCUGACACGAUUUGAUACGAAUUUCUUGAAGAUACUAGUUGAGUGCAUUUAGUCACACUAGUUGUUGAAUAGUAAAUAACUUAUCUAAUUUAGGUGGUGUCAACUAUUCAACAGUUAGACUAAAUUCACUCUAUAGCAGAAUCAAGCAUGCGUAAAAUUGACACUAAUGGACUAGUGUAAAACUUUCAAUUAAAGUUAUUAUCCACAGGGAAUUUUGUCUUUCUGAUUUUAAAAUUCGCUGAAAACAUUCCUGUAAAAAUAUCGCUUGUYUGUAUUUGUAUCCGAAAAUAAAUCUGAUUUAAGGCCGUUAGGUUUGAAAUUAGAUCAAAUUUCGACGUUUAUUGUUAGGGGGAUUAAAUCAAACAAAAAAUACAAAAGGCCCGACUUUGAUUAGCAUAUGUCAGUCAUUGUUUAAUCCAUUUCCUUAGUAGCAAGACGCACAAAGCCUAGUUACAUACCAUACGAAGGAACUCCACAAGAUGGCGUUCGCUAUUCUUGUAGUGAUUCUAACUCUUCAUACGGAUUUUAUUGUCGGGAUUAAUGGCGCUCUGAGUACUUCAACCACAAAUGCAGCUUUCAAAAAAUAUGUUGUGGCUAAAAAAACUUGUGGAAGUCCUCCGGAGAAAUACUUCUCUUCGUCACAGAACGAGGUUCCACCGAGAUUUCGAGAAAGUCAAUUUUGCAAUGCCUCAAGUCCUACAGAUUCUCACAAUGCUUCGUACUUGGUAGACGGCAAUAGAGAUACGUUUUGGCAGUCGACUUCAAUGGUGAAUGCUGCAAACAUUACUAUUGACUUCUCUGGUCCGAUGCACAAGUAUUACUACGUCGAUAGCAUUGAGAUUGAGUUUGGAGAGUUCUACCGACCAAUGCAGAUGGCGUUUGAGAAGUCCACAGACCAUGGCGAGAACUACAUCCCCUGGCAUUACUAUGUAUCGGAGGAAAAUCCCGAAAACCAGUGCCAAGAAAAGUUUAACAUUUCCCUAGGGUCAAAACCUGCUUAUGUGGACAAUAUYAUAUGUACGCAGUAUCCUGAUCCAGUAGCUCUUCCAAAAGAUCAAAAGGUUGAAUGGAAACCUGCCUUCCUUAGAGGUGAACCAAACAACCCCACAGUCAAGCUAGUGGAUUGGAUGAAUGUUACCAACAUUCGCAUCCACUUAUUAACAUUGAAUAAACCCUAUGACCCUCUUGCAGUUCUUUGGUAUCAUUAUGCAGUAAGAGAGGUAAAGGUGAUAGCAUACUGCGACUGUAAUGGACAUGGUGUUUCCUGCAACUAUAACGAAACAAUAGGUGACAAUAAGUGUGCAUGUCAACCAGGAACGUGUGGAGACAAGUGCGAACAUUGUUGCCCAGCUUAUAAUCAAUAUGCAUGGAAACGAGGAAGUAAGGGACCUAUGGUGGUUGACGAAACCUCAGCAUGUCAGUUGUGUAACUGUCACAAUCACAGCAAUGUGUGUAUCUACGAUGAAACCAUUGAACGCAUGAAUGCAAGUCUUACCAUGGACAACAAAUAUAGUGGGGGAGGAGUGUGUCAAAACUGUCAGCAUAAUACAGAAGGUGUCAAUUGUGAAAGAUGCAAGCCUUACUAUUAUCGCCCUGCAAACAGAAGCAAGCUUUCUCUUGAUGUCUGUGAAUCAUGCAACUGCAGCAAGGCUGGUUCAAGAAAUGAAACACUGCCGGGAGUCCUAUUUAGGGAAUGUAUGAGAGAACCAGGACAGAAUCUCCUUCCAGGUGACUGUCUUUGUAAGAACAACACUGAAGGGAGAAGGUGUGACCGCUGUAAACCAGGAUAUUACAACCUGACUGAAUUUAACCCAGAGGGAUGUCAAGUGUGUGUGUGCAAUCAAUUGGGGACAGUCAAUAAGUCCAACAUCUGUGAACCGGACGACAAAGGUCAAUGCACUUGUAAACGCAAUGUACAAGGUGUUACAUGCGAUACAUGCAAGGAUACCUUCUAUGGCCUCAGUCAUGAUAAUGUCCUUGGCUGUCAAGCUUGUUUGUGUAACUAUGGUGGAUCUAAUGGUUCUGUUUGUGUCAAACAUAAUGGUCAGUGCCCUUGUCUAGAGAACAUUGAAGGACGACAAUGUGAAAGGCCCGAAGACAGGGCAUAUUACCCUGAUUUACACUUCAUUGGAGGAAACACUCAACAUAAUCCAGAGACAAACUCCUGGUCCACAACGUUCAAYGUUACAACUGGUCGUUCCACCAACUCGGGUCUUUUUGCCCUCCUAUUAUAUUAUCAAAGCGAUUCCUCUCAAUCGGUAACCGUUACUGUGACAAUGUCAACAGACACAAUAUCAAAGAGUGUUGCCCUUGACAACUGCUCAAGCACAUGUUAUCGGAAUUUAUCUCAGUUUGGAGAGAUGAACCUUAGGGGGGUGGUGAAAGUAAAUAUUACRUAUUCUGGUGCUAAUGGUUUUGAAGGAAAGAGAGUUGUUGCUCUGCCGAAGGAGUUUUAUCAACCUGAUAUCCUGCAAGAAGGACAGGAAGACUUCCUUGGGAACUGCAGUGUUAUUAGCAAUGGUCCUAUCGGUAAUUCGUCGGAGGAGUUCUGUAAGAACGGCGUGUUUACUAUCACUACUGGAUACCUUGGAAAGGCGUUAGAGUGCAAUUGUGAUCCUAUUGGUUCAAAUAAUCUAAUAUGUGAGAAAUAUGGUGGUCAGUGCUCUUGCAGACCAGGUGUUACCGGAAGAAAGUGUGAUCAAUGUCAGGCAGGAUUCUAUAACUUAACUAUAUCUGGAUGUACAGGAAUUUAUUUUGUGGAGAAGAAAAAACGAAGAACUGCAGAAAACCCCUUGCAACAAAGAAGAAAACCAACUAAACUUUUCCAUAGUUCUGCUUGUAACUGUAACCUGACAGGCUGUGAAGACACUCAGUGCAAUCUUACAACUGGUAUUUGCACGUGUAAACCAGGAGUCCAUCUUGCUAAAUGCACAGAAUGUAAGGAUGAAUACAAGAGCUUCUCAGAUGAUGGAUGUUCAAGGUGUGAUUGUGACGYUGAAGGCAGUCUUAGCYCAGUCUGUGACAAGGGUUCAGGCCAAUGUUCGUGCAAGAACAACACCAUGGGACUACAAUGCAAUCAGUGUAAAGCAGAGACGUUUUAUUUGAACGAACCAAACCCUAAAGGCUGUACGGACUGUAUAUGUAUGGGGAUCACCAAGAACUGCAGCAGUACUACCAAGAACAUACACCAGCGUCCAUUGGAGUCGAAACUGUGGUAUUUAUUUGAUGAAGAAAAUAACAAGACAAUUGAGGCUGACCAGUCCUUAAAGGUUGCAGAAGAAGGUAACGUUUCAGUUAUUACAGCCAAUGUCUCGUCUGGUGCUAAAAGACUGGUAUGGAAAGCCAGUGACAAUUUUACUCAGAACUCUUUGGUGUCCUCGUAUAAUGGAAAUAUGUCCUUUGUCCUCCAUGUUACCAAUCUUUCGGGUGCAGAAGUGGUUACAAACCCCAAGAUCGUGAUCGAGUCGUCUGUUAGUAUCGAUCAAAUGAACCGACGAGUUAUCUUUAUCAAAGAGACUGCAUGGAAUUAUGCGGGAACGUCAAYUACAGUAUCACGUGAACACUUCAUGUUCGUGUUGGCCAAGCCACUAUCUGUACACGUGACUGCUUCGUUCUUCGGUGGCGUUAUUUUACCAGACGUCAGUGAUUCACCUCAGGAGAGAGCUUAUGAAGUUGAACAGUGCCAAUGUGGACCAGAAUACACCGGUCUUUCAUGCGAGCGAUGUGCUCCAACUCAUUACCGAAUCAACGUCACCAAUGAUUCGUUCUUUGGCAAGUGUACUCGAUGUGAUUGUAGUAAUCAUACUCUGGAUUGYUAUGCUAGUUCUGGACAGUGUUACAAUUGUGAACAUAAUACUACUGGCGACCAUUGCGAGCGCUGCCUGGAUGGUUUCUAUGGUAACGCUACAGAUGGGACACCGGGUGAUUGCAAGACUUGUCCKUGUGAGGCCCCAAAGACUACAACGUCUCUUUGUACCGAUGAUAAAGGACAACCAAAAUGUACUAACUGUUCGMUUGGUUAUGAAGGGCAUCUCUGUGACAAGUGUCAGCUUAAGUAUUUUGGUAAACCUCACUUGCCGGGUGGAAACUGCUCUCUCUGUCAGUGUAACAACAACAGUGAUAUCUGUAACACCAUCACUGGAGAAUGCCAUAACUGUUUGAUGAAUACUACAGGAUUUCACUGUGAGCGUUGUGAGAAUGGCACGUAUGGCUACGCUCCCAGACAAAACUGCACAGAUUGUCGAUGUGACAUCACUGGAUCAAACAGCUCCAUAUGCGACCACAGGACAGGACAAUGUUAUUGUAAGCCGCACGUUACUGAAAGAAACUGUUCCAGAUGCGAGCUCAAUAGCUAUAACUUCACAAAGAGUGGCUGUACCGAGUGCAAGUGUAAUGAGUUUGGUUCCAAUAACUUACAGUGUAAYGAGUCAGGAGUCUGUGAAUGUAAAGAGAACGCCACGGGAAUAAAGUGUGAUAAAUGUGAAGAUUUCUUUUAUGGCCUUCCAGCUGCAGCGUGUAAAGCCUGUGACUGUAACGAAACUGGUUCAAAUGCAUCAAAACCAUGCGAUAGUUUGAMUGGUCAGUGUCACUGUAAGYKWGGCGUGACAGGACGAAAGUGUGACAGAUGUAUGGUMAUGCACGUYAACUUCUCUUCUGAUGGCUGCGAUCCMUGUCCUGAGUGUGCCCGAACGAACCUCCAAGGGACUUUGAAUGARACUCAGAACACAUUGGAGAUAGCACUGAAUGAAAGCAUGCAAGUGGAGAAGUUGAAACCUUUGAAGGCGUUACUGGACGAUGUGGAUAACAGAGUCUUGAAGAUCAAAGGCUUGGCUGAUGAUUUUGAUAAAAGAGAACUAGAGCUGAGCGCAGGAAUUGCAGACCUGAAAUCAAACACUUUAAACAAAACCAUCGUKGAUCUUCAGUCACAACUUUCAGCUAUGACGUUGUACUCAGACACAUUGAAACAAAACACAUCUCAAGAAAUACACCGAGUACGAAACAUUACGAAUGAAACUGAAAAUGCGCUCCAAUAUGUUAAGAGUGUAAACGAACUUACAUUCAACAUCUCCAACCAAUUACAAGCCUUGAAAGUCUCAGCCAAUCAAAUGCUGUCUCACGUAUCUACCUUYCUCAACCAAACAUUUGACAGUGAGUCAGUCAGAGCUGAAUAYGAGCUUUCCAAUGCCAGCUAUGUCAAUAAUACAUUAACGAGAAUCUCCAGGCAUAACACUACGACUCAUAGAAAUACUGCAGAAGCCUUGAAUACCACUGUCACCAGAAAUGAAAAAACCUCCAAUGAGAAACUGGUCGAGUUUAGUAGAAUCCAAUCAAGAAAUGAUGACGUGAAAAGGCUUGUUGCACAAGUGAAUGUGCUGGUUAAUCAGACAUUGGUUUUAAUAGGCCAAGGCGACAUGCAGCUGGCAUCAGCUGGUAGUCUUCUACAAGACGCAUAUGCUCUUCUCAACAAAAGCUGGGCUGAGAUCGAAAAUGGACGGAUUGCUCUUGAGGAGUCCAACAAGAUUCUGAACAACGACCUAGGACUCAACAGCCAGAUGACUCAACUUAACACCAGCCUAUCACCAACAUAUAGUCGUAUUCAAUCUGCUAACCUAUCUGUGAAUGUGAAUGCAACCAGACAUGCUGCGAACCUGACGGCAGAAGCAAAGCUAAGGAAAAAUGUUUUAGACAGCAUCGCAGACAACGCAAAGCGAGCCGUAGAUGCUAUUAAACAAUACGAAUCUGUUGUAAAACUUGUCAACCAGUCCUUGGAAACGACUGCUAAAGUAAACAAGACCYUACAACAGAUUAUGGRACGCUUAAAUAAUUUCCAUUCAUCGUUUUCUGUUGUGAARCAAAGUGCAGAAGACAGUUACAACAAAAGCAGAGACCUGCUCGAUAAAACUCAAGCUAGGAGUAUCGAUGUUGCAGGUCUUCAAAAGAACGUUACCAUGGCAAACGAGACAUUCCAACGUGCGACUCUGAUUGGCAGACAGAUCGACCUGUACCAUAAUAUCCUUCUCUCCAGAAGCAACAGACUUAUUGGUUUAUCUGAGCUUGGAGCUGCAGAACACUCAAUCUACACAGACUUUAAAAAUGCUGCUUCUUAUAAAUCGAAUGUUGAUCAAGUUGCUCCUUCUAUUUGGGAUAACUCGAAGGUUGUUCAGCAAGAGGUGUCAAGGCUAAAUUCUUCCAUCGCCUACAUUAAUGCAUCGUCUGAGCAUGCGCRUCAACUUAUGCCUGAAGCCUUUGCAGCAAUUGCUAGAGGAAAUGCCGCGUUGGUAAAUGUGACACAGAGCAAWAUUCAAGUGCAGCUCGAAAAGAAUAAAACCGCUGACCUGCAAACACAGUUGGAAACAAAUAUGGACAGACUGAGAAAAAAAUUAGAGCAAGCAAAGGAGAGAAUAGCAAAGAUUCAACACGCUCUGAAAAUCCAUGGCAACACCACCCUACAGUACACCCCCACGGGACGGAUWGCGAAGAAGACACUCUACAAUGACAUUUCUUUGGACUUCAAAGCAGAACGAAACCAAGUCAUUCAAGGCCCACUUCUUUACCUUGCUGAGGGACUGACCGACUYGGGUAGCAGUAUGUUAUUGUCAAUAGUGUAUGAUGAAUAUGUUCGCUUUACCUUUGACCUUGGUUCAGGUCCGAUAUCUGUCAUAAACUACGCAGUUCCAAUCAGAACUGGAAGCUGGUACCGAGUAUAUGCGUCCAGRACUAAGGACAAGGCACGUCUUACCGUGACCAACUACCUCAACAACAUGAGCCGCACUUACGAGAGUUCGACCAAUCAGAUUUUACCAAGAAAUUACAUGAAUAUCACGUCAUCGAGUCCUUUCUUUCUUGGUAGCCUUCCUAAUGACSUUUUGCCAAAUGUAACUCGUCGUUUUUUCUAUGGAUGUAUUGACAAUGUCGUGGUGAACCAGCAGCGYGUAGGGUUGUGGGAGCCAACAAAGGUUACUGGAAAAAGAUUUACAUGUUCAAAAUGGUAA